UACUUAUCGCUGAUGUAUAUUGUAUAUACCAUUGCAGUGAUACCCACCGAGCUGCGUGUGCACGUCAAAAAGGAGCAUUAACCGCGAAUCGUCAGCUGUCGGCGGCCCAUGAAUAACAAUAAACGGGCGAUAAGGGGGGAAACGUAAGUUAGAUCGUAACGAAUAAAAGGGGAGUGAUAAAUCAGUCCUGUAAAGACACGUGUGAUAUGUCAAUUGUGAUUUUCGCGCAUGGUCAACUUAACCCCGCUAAUUCGGAUACCGAGAAAAAUAUAACCUAACCCAAUCUAUAAAGAAAAACAAGAAUAAAAAAAUGUACGCUCCCAAAGACUUGGCCAAUGCCGAUUACAUAAGUUUAAACAUAAACGACACAGCAGCUUUCGCACGUGGAAGUCCACAAAGUCUAUGGCGUCAAUGGUAUCAGCUUUCCAGGUUUCAGCGGAACAUUAUUUACUUUAUUGUUAUCACCGUCUGUCUGGUAAUUUUUUACCUUGUACCGAGCGACACCAAAGGCUCCGUUUCGAAUAACACUGAGACGAGUCAUCAGAAGCAACAUGAUGCACCAAAGUGGGAAAAGCUCAUCGAUGAACUUGUGGUGGAGAACGCAGAUCAAGGCGGAGGCGCAGGAGGCGGUGAGGUGAUAGAGGAGCCAGAAUUUCAACCAGACGUAAACCAGAUCGACGAUGAUCAAAUAGGACCGCCACAGCAAAAGCCGAACGCCAUGACGUUCACUGGUCCCAGCAACCAGAGGCAAAAAGCUGUUGUCGAUGCGUUCUUACACUCUUGGAAAGGGUACAAAAGGUUCGCAUGGGGACACGAUAAUUUAAAACCCAUAUCAGCCAGUUAUCAGGAAUGGUUUGGGCUUGGUCUUACGAUCGUUGAUGCUCUGGACACAAUGUAUAUUAUGGGUUUGAAUGCUGAGUUCGCGGAAGCUCGAGCUUGGGUCGAAGAGAGUUUAACAUUUGGGGUGAGCAGGGAUGUGAAUUUGUUUGAAGUGACCAUUCGUGUAUUAGGCGGAUUGUUGAGCAGUUACCAUUUGUCGGGAGAUAAAGUAUUCCUCGAUAAAGCUAUUGAUCUUGGCGAUCGAUUGAUGCCUGCCUUCUCUACUAAAUCAGGUGUUCCGUAUUCCGAUGUCAAUCUUGGUACCAGAACUGCGCACAGCCCAAAAUGGGGCCCUGACAGUAGCACCAGUGAAGUUACCACAAUACAGUUGGAGUUUCGUGAUCUUAGCCGUGUUUCAGGCCAAUCAAAGUUCGAGGCAGCAGCAGCUAAGGUUUCAGAGCACGUACACCAGUUAGAGAAAUUCGAUGGACUCGUUCCUAUUUUUAUAAAUGCCAACACUGGAGCAUUUAGAGAAUUGUCAACAAUCUCGUUCGGCGCACGUGGCGACAGUUACUAUGAAUACUUGUUGAAACAGUGGUUACAGACUGGAAAAACAAUAGAUUAUUUGCGUGAUGAUUACAAUACAGCAAUUUGGGGAACACAAAAACACCUUGUAAAGUACACAGCUGCGAAUAAGUAUAUGUUCCUCGCAGAACUAGUCGGUUCAAACAAGGAUGUGAAACCUAAAAUGGACCAUUUGGUAUGCUUUUUGGGAGGAACCUUGGCUCUGGGAGCACAUAACGGCCUGCAGUCCGACCACAUGAAGCUGGCCGAAGAGCUUGUGCGCACGUGUUACCAAACUUAUGCUGUCCAGCCGACAUUCCUUGCACCUGAAAUUAGUUACUUCAACAUACAGAAGCCAUUGGAAGGUGAUGCUAAUCAAUUGGACAUGUACGUGAAGGCAAAUGAUGCCCAUAAUUUGCUGCGCCCAGAAUUUCUGGAGACUUUGUUCUACAUGUGGUACUUGACGGGUAAUAAAACUUACCAGGAUUGGGGAUGGCAAAUAUUCCAGGCGUUUGAGAAGUAUACCAAAGUUGAGCAUGGAUACACGAGCAUAGGUAAUGUGCGGAGCACGCAAAAUACACGGCCUCGCGAUAUGAUGGAAAGUUUCUGGUUGAGCGAAACUCUUAAAUAUUUGUAUCUGUUAUUUGACGAUACUCGACAGCUAAUAGAUUUGAACAAGUGGAUAUUUAACUCAGAAGGCCACCCGCUACCAAUUUAUGAUUCAUAAUGCUGCCUGUCAAAUAUUCGCUUGCCAUAUAAAAUCGAAAUGUAUAGUUAAUGUUUUACUUUCUUUGGAUAUUUCGAUGUGCUGGAAAAUUGUAGACAAAUGAUUUAUUUUAAAUCAUUCAAGUCUGCCCAAACAAUUUUAUGAUUAUGCGACGGACUUUACACAGAGGGAUAUAAUCAAAUACAAUCUUAAUAAAGGUCUAAUCAGAUAUUUUAUAGUUCAGGGAAAGUGAGUUCACAGUGAUUUGAAUUAGCAAAGUAUUGUUAAUAAAGUAUGUAUAACGCAAUAAAAGCAGAUCUGAACGUGGCCAAGUUCAUGUUGUAACUCAAGUCUCAUAUCAAAACUGACAAUGACUUCCAGUAGCAGUCAGUUAGUCGGUUGAACAUGUUAUGGUACUUAAAAUGAACCUACUUAAAUUCGAUUUCACUGGUUUAUCCUUAGGUGCAAAGUUGAGAAUUAAUUUCAAAGCACAAGUUUAAUGUUGUGCAUUUUCCACUAAUAGUAAUCUCGCGAGAUACCGUCUCAUUCCCAGUCUAGAAUAAAUUGUAAUUUUUUCACAUUAUAAUUAAGAAAGAAAAGGUAACUAUCAUCCAGGUACAUAACAUUUUAUACGUAUAAAUGUAUGGAUUGAAUUUUUUGCACAUGUUGAAUUUUAUACAUAAAACUGCAGGGCAAACGUUUUGAAAAAUGCAUGUAUAGAAACCUACAAGCAGUAUGCAAGCGGUUGGAUGGCACUAAGGAAGGGUGUAUUAUAGUUGACAUUGUGUAUUAUGUAUACAAAUUUUCUAGUCCUAAUGUUUUGUCGUCACAUAAGAUUAGCUAAUGCUAUUCAGAGUGGCGUUGGCGUGUAUAAUGUCAGAAUCAUCGAAAGCAGCAACUGCAUUCUGCAAUUUAGGCCUAAAAAGGAAUGAUUGUAGAUACAUUUGAUAGUAAAGCGUGAUGAAAUAAAAAGAAUAAUAUGCAUUAAGUAAAUAUAAUAUUCUAUGUCAUUUUCGUACGACUAAUUAACUAUGUAAAAACUGUUAUCAGGGAAAAACAGAUUGCCAAGAAAUAGAGAUGUUUUUUCGGAUAUAAUACACAUCACUCACUGACUCGAGGUCUUCUAAAAGGACAAAAAUAAAUCUCCUACACAUAGCAAUAAUUAUUAU